AUGGUGUUUCAAGCUAUGAUGAAACCUGAAAAUCAUCUGUUGAUCAGUCAAAAACAAAUUUAUCCUACGGGUUCAAAUAACCUGUUGAGGCUUGCUUGCAACUCAUGGAUCGAACCUAUCGAGAUAUGCAAAUUUUCUGAAGUAAAUACAAGUAUGGAGACUACUUCCGAAGCUAAACCUUCUGAUUCAAUUACAUUGGUUCCAGAAGCGGAUAGAAAUGUAUCGACAGAAUCUUUAACAAAUGAGGACAACGAUUGGGAUAUAGUUGGUGACGACUUGUUAUUAGAUAUUACCGAGAAGGAUGUUUCACGGUUGGUUGAUAUAUUUCCUGGGGCAUGUAAAUUUGAAUAUGAAAAUGGAGAAAACUCUGUGUUCUAUGGACGUUGUAAACGUUGUUCCGAUCGUCUGAAACUAAAUAAUGCUUUCCUGGAUCAUUAUGAUGCUUGUUUUUAUUGUAUUAAUUGUCAUCAGUUACAAGAAGCAAUUAUUCCUCGUAAUCUUAUAAUGAAUUGGGAUUUUUCACUGAAACCAGUUUGUCAAAUUACACAUCAAUUUCUUAGUGCAUUACAUAAUAGACCAGUGAUAAAUUUAGCUAAAUUAAAUCCUAUUCUUUAUGCUACUAUACCGAAUUUAUAUUUAAUUAGACAACUUCGACGUACUUUAGUUUUGUUAUGGGAUCAAAUAAUUAGAUGUGAUGGUAAAACAGCUGAAAAACUAUGUGAAUGCAUGGAUGGUCGAAUGUAUAUGCUACAAAAUAUCAAUGAUAUUGAUAUAUAUUCAAUUGAGGAUUUAAUACUUGUACAAUCUUCAAAAUUAGAGGAACUACUUAAAAAUACCAUUCAAGAUGUUGCUUUAGCACACGUACGUACAUGUAAAGCGUGUAGACGAAGAGCGUUAAUCUGCGAUUUUUGUGGUGACUUAAAUAAACCCAUAUGGACACAUGAAUUUACUACUUAUAAACGAUGUAUCAAUCCAGGUUGUUCAAAUGUGAUGCAUAUUGAUUGUUUGUUAAUGAUGGUUACAGAUUUAAUAUCUAACGUAGAUUGUUGUUUUCAACGUCAAUCUACUACAAUCCCUUUAAAAGAUUAUUCUCAAUUAAAAUUUUCUGAUAUACAAUGUAGAACAUGUAAAGAAUAUUGUACAUUAUUUUCUAGAAAUAAUCAAACUAUUGGACAUUAUGCUGAUCCAUUUUGUUUACCUAAAAUAGAUUCGUAA